AUGGAGAAGAUUGUGUUUUACGAGGACCGGGACUUCCAGGGAAAGUCCUACGACUGCAAAGGGGACUCUGCUGACCUGCAGGGCUUCAUCCACCGAUGCAACUCGGUCAAGGUAGAAGGUGGCUGGUGGGUUCUGUACGAGCGUAACAACUACAUGGGCUACCAGUAUGUCAUUGGUCCAGGGGAGUACAAUGACUACCGCCGCUGGAUGGGCUUCAAUGACUGUGUCAGAUCCUGCAAGAUCAUCAAAAACGCCAAAGGGCCAUACAAGCUGAUGCUGUUUGACCGGCCAAACUUUGGCGGCCAAUCUUUGGAGUUGACAGAAAACAUGAAGUCUUUCCAGGAGAAAUGGCUCAGACAUGAAGUCCAUUCCUGCAAGGUCCUAGAGGGCUCAUGGGUUUUCUUUGAACAUCCCAACUUCUGUGGUCGCCAGUACUUGUUGGAGAAAGGGGAGUACCCACACCACUCAGAGUGGGGAGCUCUGAAAGCAACUGUGGGCUCCAUCAGAAGAAUCAUGCAGCUGUGA